AUGUGGUGUGCACCGCCUGCCAAACAUAAAGGGCUGAACGGUGAGCCUUUCUCCAAACUUUUCCAGAAGAGCUCGGUAGAUAGUGUGAAGUCUAUAGCCCUCAUCUCUUCCCGCAAACCUCUACCCCAGCCAUUGCCCCCAGAUCAGUUUGAAUCCAGUAUAGCCUUUUCCACAGAAUAUGCACUCUGGUCAAGUGGGGCGUGGCAAACUGAACUAGGAGGGUUUGUGGAAGCGCUGGUCUUCCACAGCGCCACAGCCAUGGAGCCUCUGCCCAGAGGUAGUUACUAUGACCCGGGUGACUACUAUGACCCCAGCAACUACUGGCUGGGAAUGAAUCAAGUGCAAGUAAGAUCUGAAUCUGUGCAGGGUUCAGCACCAGAAGCUGAAGGCAGCCACAUCGAUGAAGGAAAUCCAGGCCUUGUGGACAAAUUCAUGUACCACGACGAUGGCGGCAACCUCGAAAGGGACAUCAACCUGGAAGAUGCCAUCAACUUCUUCCACGGCGAUAUGAACCUAGGCAUCAACUUUGAAGACAACUUCAACCUCGAAGACAACUUCAACCUCGAAGACAAUUUCAACCUCGAAUACGACUUCAACCUCGAAGACGACUUCAACCUCCAAGACAACUUCAACCUCGAAGGCGACAUCAACCGCGAAGGCAACUUCAGCCUCGAAGGCAACAUCAACCGCGAAGGCGACAUCAACCUCGAAGGCGACAUCAACCGUGAAGGCAACUUCAACAUCGAAGGCGACAUCAGCCGUGAAGGCGACAUCAACCUCGAAGGCGACUUCAACCGCGAAGGCGACUUCAACCUCGAAGGCAACAUCAACCGCGAAGGCGACUUCAACCUCGAGGGCAUCGUGAACCAUGAAGGUGAAGGGAUCCACGAGGUCGGCGGUGGCAUCCAGGAGCUGGGGCAGCUGGCGCCUGAAGAGCUACCCCAGGCGGUGGCUGCUAGGGCUCCCCAGCCCCGAAGGAGACGGCGAGCCCAGCGGAAUAAGUUCACGCAGGUGCAGGUUCAGGAGCUGGAAAGUGCCUUCCAGCACACUCAAUAUCCAGAUGUGCUCACAAGACAGGAACUUGCAAGACGCAUGGAUGUGACUGAAAUCAGAGUGCAGGUACGCAAUUUGUUAAUAUGCACAAGGGACAAUGAAUUCGAUAAAAGGUUUGGUUUAAGAACAGGAGAGCCAAGUAUAGGAGAGAUGAGAGGGCAUCAAAGCUCAGAAACACACCACCUACCAACCUGGACCACCUUUUCAUCCUCAUGUUGGAUGGGCCCUAGAAUGCCAUCCUUGUUCAGAAACCAGUUUGGAGAUGGGUUCUUUUGGUGUCACUGACACUCAGGCCACCUAUGCUGCCCCUUCCACCCAUAUCUCCUCUAAUAGU